AUGUCCCAAGUUAAAUCUCUUUUGAAAAAUGCUAGGGCAGCAUUGGCGGAAGCAGAUUGGGAAUAUGCAAUUGAAAGUUCCAAGGACGUCCUAAAAAUUGAUAAAGAAAACUACUUUGCCUAUGUUUUCUUAGGUAAGGCCAACGAGGGAUUAGAGAACUUCAAAAAAUCUAAAGAGAGUUAUUUGAAAGCUAUUUCGCUAGAUAGUACUAAUCCUGUUGCAUGGAAAGGUCUUUUCGUUUUAUUCAAAACAGUAAAGAAUUUAAAAGACAUAGUAGAGUGGAAGGAGUACUUUAAAUAUUGCAACGACUAUGCCCAAGCGCUAGCACAACAGCAACAGUCAUUGAUUGACUUAAUAAAUGAUAUUAGAAACGUCAGAAGGAAAUAUCCAGAUGCAGAAGAACCAUUUUUGGAGAGCAUUCGACCAGGAACUGAAUUCGGAGAAUUAGUUGGUAGAGAAAUAAUGACCCCCCGCGACGUGCUUAGGAAAUUGUUGACAUUGAAGCAAAAUUCCGAACAGCAACGUGCGUCAAAACUAAUCAGCGCAGCGCGAAUGAAGAUUAGUGUUAACGACCCAGAUUAUCAUUUCAAGGUUAACUCUUCAGCGUGGACUGUGUACAAAGAUUCAGACGUGGACCUAUUGUUUAGACAGUUGGUGAAUAUCACUGAAGAUGACGAGAAGAGAAGGAAUCUCGAACUCCAAUGGUUGGAAUACCGUAUUAAACUUCUAAAAACUAUGCCGAAGGAAAUGAAACCAUCGUUUUACCCUGUGGUUAAGGAAAUGAUAGAUGAUAUGAUUGUAGUAAAGCACGACUCACUUCUCCCUUGGACAUUAUAUUUCGACUGGCAGGACUAUUUAAAUGUGGAGUCUUUAGAUGUCACUGUUUGUUCAGAAUUUAUUAAAAAGUUCCCAUCAGAGCCCUUGGCUAUGGUGAUUUAUGCAUGGAUUAGUUCAAGCCUCUCGAGCUACGAUUCUAAAAAAUUAAGUACAGAUGUGUUAAAUUCAUCAUCACCUGCAAGUGAUCCAACAGUGAACGAAGAAGAUGUGGAGACUGAAUCUGAAGGUAUAUCGCCAAUAGUGGAUAUCGAAGAAGAAGCUUCAAGCGGGUUAUCCGAAGCCACUGUACUAGAAAUGUUACAAGACAAUAUUGUUAAAUGCAAGCAAAGCAUCCUUGCGAAUAGAAUAAUUGCACACUACUAUGUUACUCAGAAAGAAUUUCAACUCGCUCUUCCAUAUAUUAGAGCAGGUACAUCCGCAGUUGCAACUUCAAUAAGAGAUUUAGGUGCCUCUCUAAAAAACUCCAAAUUUGAUUUCACAUUAUUGUAUGCAACAACGUACACAUAUUUUGAGGCUCCAAAGAAUCACAACAUAGCUCUAUCGCUAUUCGAUAAGGUACUUCUAGAGGAUCCGAAGAAUGCAGAGGCAAAAAUGGGUAAAGGUUUGAUUUUCAUUGAAAUGAAAAAUUGGGAAGGAGCAUCCCAAUAUCUUGCAGAUGCGACCGCAGAGUUUCCUCAAAAUUGGGAAAUUAUUUCUGCUUACGGUUGGUGUUUGUUACACGUUGGAGAGACACAGAAAGCCAUCGAAAAGUUUAAUGCAGUUUUAGAGAAUACACCAAGUAGUGAUCCCAAAUCUAUUGACUUUAGGGCUCUAAACUAUUGGAGAAUAGCAAAGUGUUACUUAUAUGAAGCUGAGAACAAUUCUGAUAAAGAUUUGAUAAACAAAGCUUACAAGACAUUGGUACAUGCAUUAAAAGUUUCUGAUAUAUAUGCUCCUGCUUAUUCUCUUUUGGGUUACAUAUAUCAGAAAUACUACUCAGAUGAAAGCAGAGCGUUCAAGUGUUUUUUCAAAGCUCUCUCUUUAGAUUCUAGCGACCUUGAAGCUGCAUAUUAUAUAUGUGAAAAAUAUUGUGCAAAAGGUAAUUGGGCAUCAGCGGCGUCAGUUGCGGAACGUUUGAUCAAAACAGAACAUAUAAAGAAUGCUUUACAAUCCAUUAACUGGCCUUAUAGAGUUUUGGGAAUGAGCCACUUAGAGAGACAACAGUAUGCUGAAUCUAUUGAGUAUUUCCAAUCUGCUAUAAGAAUUUCGGCCUCUGAUGUUGAAUCAUGGGUGGGAUUAGGUCAAGCAUAUUUGAAUUGUGGUAGAGUGGAAGCUUCUAUUAAAGUAUUCCAGAAAGUUAUAAAAAUGAAAGCCGACCAUAAAUUUGCUCAAUAUCUUCUUGCAAAUGCCUUGGCUUCUCUAGGAGAAUAUGAGAAGAGUUUAGAGCUCUUUGAAAAACUAGUCAUGGAAGGGCAACCUGAAGAAUGUUUCUUGGUCUCAGAAAUUUCCGUACUUGUUGAUUAUGCCGUGGAGCUCUACCACCAAGGCUAUCUUUUGAAAGCAGUGGACACUGCUGUUAAAAGCAUAAAGAAAAUCGAAAUCGUACUGUGCUCCGUUUCUUCCGAAUUAUAUACUGUUUGGACUUCUCUCUCAAAGGCUUUGAGAAUUUUCGUUACUAUUGAAUCUCAGAUUGAUAAAUUACCCGUUGAUACAUUGGUGAACAUUUUCAACCAAAUAGCUCUAAUAGAAGAAGAUACGGUGUUCGAAAUAGACAAUGUGUCACUUGAUACUAUUCUAUCUGAUGAUACUGCAGACAACAUGUCCAUCGCAUUAAAGUUUGUCAUUCUGUCAGCUAAAUACCCCAUAUUGGCUAAAAACUUCCAAGAUUCUUCUCGGACUUUGAAGGCUUCUUUGUUGUAUAAUCUUGGAUGUGCUGAACUCCUGUGCUACAUGACUAUAAAUGGACAAAAUUACUGUGAUGCUGCAAUUAAAGCCUUCAAGGAUGCCAUCAGUUACCAAUCUAACAACGCAGAGGCAUGGAUAGGUAUGGGUAUAGCUACUAUGGAUAAAAACUAUAAAGUAUCGCAACAUUGCUUCAUUAAAGCAAUUGUUACGAGCCCAAAAGAAAUUGCUGGUUGGCACUGUCUCGCCUUACUAGCUUUAAAGAAUAAUGAUACGGAGAUGACACACUCUAUCCUCUUAAAAGCUCAGAGUAUUGCUCCUCAAGAUUGGUAUUCGUGGCUAGGGUUGGCGUUAAUGUAUGAAAAAGAAGGAAAAGCAAAUGAUAGUGCAAGGAUGUUUACUCACGCUUAUGUCUUGGCCAAUGGUAAGUCAAAGAUUACGCAGUUGCUCUAUGCAAAGAAUGUUUUGAGCAGGCGUUUAGGUAAAGGUGAUAAUGAAAAGGAUAUUCUUGCUCAACAAGAGCUUUCUUCAGUUGCAGCAGGAUUAAGUCAAUAUUUGAAAAAAUCUCAAAAUGAUAUAUUUGCAAUGCAAUUAUAUAUAUUGACACUUGAAAGGUUACAUGAAUACACUACGGCAUCGGGUUUGGCACAAUAUUUGUCAACUUUAGUGGAAGAAAGAUUUGAAAAAUCCCAGGACGAACGUGAGCUUUUGAAUUUUGCUCUGAUCAAGACUCAGCUUUCUAGAUUGUACAUGGGAAAUGAAGACUACGACAACGCUAUUGAAGCUGCCACCUUUGCUUUAGGAAUCCUUGAAGAUGAUGAAAAUCAGACAGAUAUUGUAAAGACGGCUAUAGUCUCAAAUCAUGUUACGAUCGGUCUCUCAUCAUUUUUCAUUUCAGAUAUUGAUCAAUCUUUAGAUCAUUCUAACACUUUAAUUUCUUUGUCACCUGCUUCAAGUAGUGUUGCGAUUUUAAUUUUCAAAAUAUUGUACGCUAUGCAAUCGGAAGAAGCCUCUGAUAUUGCCCUCCAAGAAUUAAUGAAUUAUAUUGAUAAGAACGGUAAUGAUUAUAACGUAACAUUAACUCUCACAGCAUUCUUUAUUUUGAAGGAUCGUCCCGAUGAAUUAAGAGAACUUGCCAAACAAUUAAAGAUGCUUCCAAAUUCAUUGUUGUUGAAAGAUCAACAUAAAGACAUUCCUUUCUUAAUCCAAGAAAUUAACAAACGAAUUGGUGAAGAGAGAGAUACUGUUGACAUCUGGCAAAAGGCAAGUUUCAUGUUUCCUAAUAACCCGAAUGUUUGGGAUAGAUUGUCAACUGAAAUCUCGUGUAGAAUAUCUGCAUCGGGCCAGAAUAGAGUUUCACCUCUUCACUUAAGCAAUAAGCUUGCAAAGAGGGGUACACUAACAAAGGCGCAAAAGGCGAUGUACUUAUGUCCAUGGAACGCACAGGCUGUCAAUGCUUUGAAAGAAUGCUUUAAAGCUAUAUAG